CAACAAUGUAUUAAGGAUGGAAAGGAACAAGCCAAGAGCUUUACAAGUAUUAGCUUAUUUGAUCCUCACAACAACCCUGUGAGCCUAAAAUGACUAAUGUGUGAUCUCACUGGAAUAAAUGGCGUCCAAAGUGACAGAUGCUAUAGUCUGGUAUCAAAAGAAGAUUGGAGCAUAUGAUCAACAAAUAUGGGAAAAAUCUGUAGAACAAAGAGAAAUUAAGUUGAUUAGACUGGGGUUAAGGAAUAAACCAAAGAAAACAGCACAUGUGAAGCCUGACCUCAUAGAUGUUGACCUUGUAAGAGGAUCUGCAUUUGCUAAGGCAAAACCUGAGAGUCCUUGGACAUCUCUAACAAGAAAGGGAAUUGUUCGAGUUGUGUUUUUCCCCUUUUUCUUCAGGUGGUGGUUACAAGUAACUUCAAAGGUCAUUUUUUUCUGGCUACUUGUUCUUUAUCUUCUUCAAGUUGCCGCAAUAGUAUUAUUCUGUUCAGCUCCAGGCCCACAUAGUAUACCUCUGACCGAAGUUAUUGGGCCAAUAUGGCUGAUGUUACUACUGGGAACUGUACAUUGCCAGAUUGUUUCAACCAGAACCCCUAAACCUACUCUUAGCAGUGGGGGCAAAAGAAGAAGGAAAUUAAGAAAAGCAGCACAUUUGGAAGUACAUAGGGAAGGAGAUGGCUCUAGUACUACAGAUAACACACAGGAAGGAACAGUGCAGAACCACGGUACCAGCACACCUUACAGUAUUGGCGCUGUCUUCAGAGAACUCUGGCAUGCCGCUUUCUUUUUAUCAGGGUCAAAGAAAACAAAAAAUUCAAUUGAUAAAUCAACAGAAACUGAUAAUGGUUAUGUAUCCCUUGAAGGGAAAAAGACAUUUAAAAGCAGUGAGGAUGGAAUACAAAACCAUGAACCUCAGUGUGAAGUCAUUAGAUCAGAAGAGACAGGUUGGAGCACAGGAACAAUCAGGAAUACACCCAAUAGUCAGCAUAGAGACAACCAAAGGAUAAUCACAAAUGUCUCAGAUGAAGUAUCAAGUGAGGAAGGCCUUGAAACAGGAUACCCAUUACGUCGCCACAUAGACAGAGCCUCUGAAAACAUCCUCCGAAAUAGGAAGUCACAUCAUUAUAAGAAGCAUUAUUCUACAGAGGAUGCCCCUAAAUCGGGCACUAGUUGCAGCUCUCGCUGUUCAAGUUCCAGACAAGAUUCUGAAAGUACAAGGCCAGAAUCUGAAACAGAAGAUGUAUUAUGGGAAGACUUGUUACAUUGUGCAGAAUGCCGUUCAUCUUGUACCAGUGAGACAGAUGUGGAAAAUCCUCAAGUUAAUCCAUGUAUGAAAAAGGAGUAUAGAGACGAUCCUUUUCAUCAGAGUCAUUUGCCCUGGCUCCAUAGCUCCAAUCCAGGAUUAGAAAAAGUCAGUGCAAUUGUAUGGGAAGGCAAUGACUGUAAGAAAGCAGAGAUGUCUGUGCUUGAAAUUAGUGGGAUGAUUAUGAACCGAGUCAACAGCUACAUACCAGGCAUAGGAUACCAGAUUUUUGCAAAUGUGAUUUCUCUUGUCCUGGGUUUUACUCCAUUUGUUUUCCGACUUUCACAAGCUACAGACUUAGAACAGCUCACGGCAUAUUCUGCUUCAGAACUUUAUGUCAUUGUAUUUGGUUCUAACGAAGACAUCUUGGUUCUUUCUAUGGUUUUAAUAAGUUUUGUAGUUCGUGUAUCUCUUGUGUGGAUUUUCUUUUUUUUACUCUGUGUAGCAGAAAGAACAUAUAAACAGAGACUACUUUUUGCAAAACUCUUUGGACAUUUAACAUCUGCUAGAAGGGCUCGAAAAUCAGAAGUUCCCCAUUUCCGGUUGAAGAAAGUGCAGAAUAUAAAAAUGUGGCUAUCUCUUCGUUCCUAUCUUAAGCGUCGAGGUCCUCAGAGAUCAGUUGAUGUAAUAGUUUCAUCUGCUUUCUUGUUGACUAUUUCAGUUGUGUUUAUCUGCUGUGCCCAGUUGCUUCAUGUGCACGAGAUCUUCCUUGAUUGUCACUACAAUUGGGAACUGGUGAUUUGGUGCAUCUCUUUAACACUUUUUCUCCUAAGAUUUGUCACGCUUGGAUCUGAAACAAGCAAAAAAUAUAGCAAUACCUCAAUAUUACUUACUGAACAGAUAAACCUGUACUUGAAAAUGGAGAAGAAACCUAAUAAGAAGGAGGAACUGACACUAGUGAAUAAUGUUUUAAAACUUGCUACUAAAUUACUAAAGGAAUUGGACAGCCCCUUCAGGUUAUAUGGACUUACAAUGAAUCCGCUGCUUUACAAUAUUACCCAGGUUGUCAUAUUGUCUGCUGUUUCUGGUGUUAUCAGUGACUUACUUGGAUUUAAUUUAAAGCUUUGGAAGAUCAAAUCAUGACAAUGUAGAGAAGCGG